AUGGUAUCCAAUGGAGGAGGGCUGCUGCCAGACGAUGCAGAUAAUGAGGAAGAUGGCGAUGAACACCACGAAGGUGAUCCGCGUCCACUGCCCUAUGCAUUUGAGAAGGAACUCAUCCAGAAGUCGAACAGACAUAUUCGUCUGACUGAAUCUUUCGUGCCCGUUACCAAAGUUUCUCCCCUAACAAGCAAGUUCUAUGCCCACCAUGAGCAGCGAAAACCAAGGCAGCCGGAGCGCUUUCUGCGUUACACUGAGGUGGCACAGCUGGAGCGUCGCACCCCACUGGGUGUGCCGUUGUUGGAGUCUCAGGUUUAUGGGUGGCUGCCGCUCAAAACAGACUGUACGCCAACGAUCCAUUUGAAUGUUGCACAUGCGCCCAAACUUCGCUGCGGCAUGACCAUCCAUGGUGAGCAUCUCUUGGCGGAGCGGGUGACUGAGCGUCCUCCGUUUAACGGGUUGCGGUUUCUUCUGCACUGAGCAGCAACUGUUGGAAAUGUGCUGAAAACACGCAAACUCUGCGUACAAACCUAUAUAUAAAUGUACAUUGCCAUUAUUCAUGCCAUACCAAUGUUUACAAUAUAAA